AUGGGGAUCAAACAGGGUUGUCUAAGUGCUACCUCUUGUGUUCCAUCUACGUCAUCAUCCUCAAAAAUUCAAAUAUUUCGACGUCAUUUAACGCACAAACAUGUAAAUGGGAGUACAGCGAUAGAAACAACAGUAAAAUCCAUUCCACAUACCUUCGUAUCACAAAAUAAAGAUGGAAAUCAAAUAAAUAUAAAUCAUGCGAAUGAAGAUGAAUUGAUGCUUCUUCCAGGAAUUAAUCGUCGAAUAGCACAAAAUAUAAUUGAACAUCGUCGAGCAAUUGGAGGUUUCAAAAAUUUAGAAGAUAUAGCUUUGGUCAAUGGUAUUGGUGCUGAUUUAUUUACGAUGGUUUGUUCUGAUAUCUGUGUUGAUAAUCCUCGUCAAACUCAUAAUUUUUAUAUAAAAUCACCAUCAUCUAUGACCAUGACGCUACCAACCCCACAACGUCUGACAACUGUGACACGUAACAAUCAAAUUGUGAAUAUAAACAUCGCUACAUUUAACGAACUUCGAACAAUACCCGGUUUAAGAUUGAAAUUAAUCGAACGAAUAAUUCGACGAAGAGAAAAAAAAGGACCGUUUCGGUUUGUCGAAGAUCUGUUAAAAGUAAAAGGUUUCAAUUAUAUGGUAUUAGCGUCUAUCAGACCAUAUGUAACAGUUGAUCAUCGACAAGUAGUCAAUGAAUCUAAUAACAAAAAUUAUUAUAUAUGGGGAAAACAUAAUGAUAAUACGGCAGCUACAGGACAUUAUAGUGCGCCAACUACACCAAGUGGCCUCAGUCCAUCUGGUGGUGGAAUCAAUAGUUUAUAUCCAACAUUAAAUCGAAAUAAUAAUAACAGUGACUCAUUAUCAGUUGCAUCUCUGCUAUUUGACACACUACCAUCAGAAAUUCAUACAAUUUUAUUUUCAAAUACAAAUCCUUUACUACAACGACAGAUAUUGGCACCAAUAUCUCAAGUAAAUGAUGAAUCUAAAAUACGCUUCGCAUCAUGGAACUUACAACAAUUAAAUUUGGACAAAGUAAAAAAUCCUGGUGUGCGUGAAGUUAUUUGUAGGACAAUAUUGGAACAUAAUAUCAAUUUGAUUGGUAUACAAGAGAUCGGUCAUAAAGAAGCUCUUGAUCCAAUUGUUGAUGAACUAAAUAAUCCAACAUUACCUUUGAUCAAAGAAUGGUCUGGAAAUGGUCCACGUAGGCGAUGGAAAUAUACCAUUAGUAAUUCAAGUGGAAAAAUGUUUCAGGGAAGUGAAUAUUUUGGUUACAUCUAUGAUGAAUCAGCUAAUAUAACAUUGAAAAAGGCAUCGCUACUUCCACUCAAAGAACAUUUUACUCGUUUACCAUAUAUUGCUGUUUAUAAAAUUCAUAAUAUCGAAAUUGUACUUGUAAAUGUACAUUUGAAAGCCAGACGUCUUGAUGAAAAUGUCAAUGAUAGAACAAAAGAUGAAGCCUUAUCAUUAUCUCUCUUGGCUGAAGCAAUGAAAGAUGCAAUAGAGCAAAAGGUGGUGGUUAUUUUUGGCGAUUUUAACCAUAAUCCAAAAUCAGAAGAAUUUGAACCGUUGAUUAAACAUGGAUUUUCUUAUUUAAUAAAUGAUAAUACAAAUAUAAGUAUCAAAACACCAAAUGGCUCUACGUGUGUUGAUAAUAUGUGGUUGUCAGCAGAAGCAAAAGAAUUUCAUUCAGGUUGUUGUGGUGUUAUUCGUGAUAAUUUAACAAGUCCAUGGAUUCCAAACGGUUGGAGCUGGGGUGGGCUUGUAUCCGAUCAUUGCCCAAUCUGGACUGACUUUAAUCUGCCAGAUAGUCAUUAA